AUGCAGCUACCAUUUGAAUGUCAACCUGGCCUUUUAGCUGUCAAUGAUGGUCCUUUGAAGGAUGUCAAGUCCCUCCACCAGUCGCAGCCAAAUGAGUCCCUAGAGAUACUGCGGCAACGCUAUGAAGAAGAUGGAUAUCUCUUUCUCAAGGGCUUGAUACCGCCUGCCGAUGUGUGGAAGGCGCGGCAUGAGUACUUUAAUAUGAUGUUGCCAACAGGAGUCUUGGAAGAAGGAAGUCAGCCCGUACAGGGGAUCUUCAACCAUUCCAAGUUCCCUGAGGAAUUCCCUGGUAUUGGUGCUGGCGGAGCAGGCAAGAACGGGCGUCCAGGAGGAGAUAAAGCUUCUCAAUUUGUGGACCUUGCUAUAGACGCCCAUUACCGUCAAUGGUAUGCGGAGGACUUUUGUCGGCACCCAGCGUUGAUGGAUUUUGUCUCUCGAUUUACAGGUUGGGAAUCGAAUACACUGGGUCUUCGCAGAUCACUUUUGCGAAACAAUAUCCCUGGUACUAAGCCUAUUGGGGUUCAUUACGAUCAGAUCUUUCUCCGUCACGGAGAAGCAACUAGUGUGACUGCUUGGGUGCCUAUUGGCGAUAUCAAAGUGAGCGGUGGAGGCUUGAUUUACUUGGAGAACGGUGAUCCCGUCGGCCUCAGGUGCGAAGAAGAUUUCAAAAAGAAGGCCAAGGCUGCUGGCUUCACAGAGCAGGAGGCUAAAGAUGCAUUCAACAACAACAUGAUGGCCACUGGUUUGCUUUCAGAGCUGCCUCUGGACUUUGCCCGUGAGCACCAGCGACCCUGGCUGGUAGCUGAGUACGAAGCUGGUGACGUUGUUUUGCAUAAGCCACAUGCUGUAUGA